CGCCACUUAUAUAAUCGCUCUAGAAGUGACCUGUGCCUAGACCGAGCAAUUGAUACCUGCUUGUCUGGAGACAGAGCUUGGGAUUGGGACAAGGAACACGAGUCAAACAAUUCCAGCACCCUGUUCAGGAAUAUCUCUGUGGUACGGUCGAAACAAUGGUCGAAUUAUCAUGGAACAGAAAUCCAGUCCAAGUCCCAGAUCCUCGACCUUCGAGAAUGAAGCCUGCCGCGCCCCCAGUGUCAACACAGCCACAGACUUCCCCUGCCCGGCUUGAGCCAUGUGCGUCAACCGCGUCUUUACUCCUAUAUGCGCAGGGCUCGGUGAUUGUAUGUCUCCACCACGAUACUUUGGCGCUCGAACGACGCUUCGAAAACCACCAGGACGACAUCGGCUUCAUAUAUGUGGAUAAUGUGAGCGAGCGCGGUGCGGGAAGGCUGGUGGUCAGUUACGAUGUCAGUCAGACUGCAAUAGUAUGGGACCUGUUCACAGGGAGCGUACUCGCCAGGUUCGCCUCCUUCGAACAGCUCAAGGUUGCCGCCUGGAUGCGGAAUGGGAAUGUAGCCUUUGGUAAUGAAAAGGGAGACGUGAUUAUAUUUGAGCCAUCUACUUCCGAGCAUGUUUCCUGCCGCACCAUCUUUGAUCCCAUUACCGCUCUAGCCCCCGCUACGGAUUGUCGAACAUAUGCUAUUGGUUACCAAAAUGGUUCGAUAAUGCUCGCAACACUGCACCCAACCUUCAGCAUAUUACACACCAUGUCCACUUCGCGAGGACCAUCGGCGAUAAUCUCGUUAGCGUGGCAUGCGUCCUCAUCUAAGCAGAAGUCAGAUAUGCUAGCCACUUUGGCGGCCAAUGGUGAUCUGAGAGUUUGGAGUGUAGCAAAACCGCCGCAGAAAGAAGCCCCACGCGUUAUUAGAGUGCUCAAGAGGUCUGAUGGCUCCCCAGCCACUGAACCGAAGUGGAUGGCUUGGUCGAAGAAUGGUAGGAUUGUGCAGUUCCUUGAAGGUGAAACGUGGGCUUGGGAUGUCAGAACAAAGCACGUCACGUAUGAGCCCAUCCCCACCAUCGACAACCCACGUGGCUUUGCCAACUAUGGACCGACCGCCACACUAUUCACCCUUGGUCCUCAAUACACUGUCCAGCAGUACGACAUAGACAGCCCUGCCAUGGUCGCGAAUGUGCAACAUGCCCCCGCUGGGGCUUUGCCACCACCCACAGAGCAACCGAGAUUACGCACCUUGCAGGAACCGCCAAACAUGAGGGAGUCUGGUGCGAUGUUUGGCUCUCGAAGGACCCCGUUCGACACGAAUGGAAUCGAAGCUGUGCGUCAACAGCGUGCCGAUGUCGCGAGCCCUGUGAAUAGGAGUCAUUCCAACUCGGUCACGAACUCCGUUAGCUCAAAGGCUUCCUCGGGAAUGCACAAGAUCCCGUUCUCACCACCCAGUAGGUCCGGUCAGACCACCACAUCGUUCUCCCUAACUUCAGCAUCCGGGAGAGAAACACCCCAGCCAUCCGGGGCUUCCUAUGCCUACGCCUCGUCUGUUUCAAUGUCGUCAACAAAAAGCUCCCGCGCCGGUUCACGGCUGAGGAAUGAGGUGCAGCUUAGUCCUGCCGAAAAGCCAGUAGAUCUAUUCCCUUUUACGCGUGCACGCCUCAAUGAUGUGCCUUAUGGACACCAUCAACCCCUUGACGAGUCUCGCCUCACGCCGGAUGAUCUACGCCAACAGAUGUUGAGUGUUGUAUUUGGCUUCGAUGGAGAUAUUGAAGGUUUGAUUAGGGAUGAACUGAGCAACCAUCCCGAAGGUAGUCAAAGUGCCAUUCUACUUGCUCAAUGGAUUGGCGAAUCCGAUACAGACUAUAUGCUUUCCAUGAUCAGCUCGGGGUCAGCCUCAAUCACCGACUGGAUGCUACUGGCAUUUAGUCAGAUGUCUGGAGAAUCACAGUCAAAUAAGAUCGGCCAAGCUUUGGUCCAGAAGCUGCUGGAGAUUGGAGAUGUCCAUACGGCAGCCACCAUACUCCUAGGACUGGGAGACCGAAACGAUGCCAUCGAAGUCUAUGUCUCCCAAAACUAUUUUAUGGAAGCCAUACUGAUGACAUGCCUUGUGAUGCCUACGGACUGGCAGCGACAAUCGUAUUUGGUUCGCCGAUGGGGUGAGCAUGUUGUGUCUCACUCUCAGCAGCAGCUUGCGAUUCGGUGUUUCAUGUGCACGGGUGCAGAGCCCUCCGAGCCAUGGACGUCUCCCGCUGCGCAACAGGCUACAUCCUUCGCAGAAGCUAUCACAAGAAGGUCUCCAAUGACAUCCCCGGAACCUUAUCCAAAUCCAGCGAGUCUGAUGGUUCCAAACUCUCACCCAAGACCAGCUGUCAAUGGCAGACCGGUAUCGAAGACGCCAGCGCUGAAACUUAUUACUUCAUUUGACUCUCAACCCAACAAUCGUUUCAAGUUCCCCGGGCUGAAAUCAGAUGACAGAACACCAACAAAUGCGCCCGGGGUUACACCGAUCGCGGAAUCUGCGGUUGUCGAAUCUGCCUUGUCACCGGGUGGGUUUGGGUCGUACAAGCUAAACAAUAUUCAGAGCAUAAAUAACGCCAUGAAUACACGUACAACCACGCCCGCCUUCAACAGACGGCGUCUUCCAUCUAUCGGGGAGACUCCGAUUGACGUACACCCUCCUACGUUUCCCUCCACGGGAUAUAAUAAACAAGCGCUAGACUAUGGAUCAACAUCAGAGAAUGACGAGAGCCAGCCAUCAGAGCAGAAAGGGGAGGAAGCAGAUGACGAACAGCUUGGUUUGCUAUCAUCUGCCCGUUACGACCCUGAAGAGUACAAGCCCAGUCCUCAGACCGCAGUCCAAGCGACAGGGGAUACCUUCGCCACCAUCAAGGGUCUUCCUUCUCCGGCUGCUGGAGUUUUUGAGGCCCUGAAGGAGCGUUCAGACAGCCGAAACGGAACUAGGGACCGAAAGCCAGAUGGCUUGCAGCUGAAUCUUCAUCACCGCAACGCGUCGGAGAAUGAUUUGCACGCCCAAUCCGAGAUGCUGGCCAACUUCCGCAGUCCAGCGUCAACGUUAAAUAGCUUCAGUUCUGCUAGGAGCCCCAGCGUUAGCGGCCGCAGUAUUGACCCGUAUAUCAGUAGCCUAGGCGAGGCAAACUAUCACGCGAAGAAGUAUCAAGGAAACCGCCCUAACGGAAGAGGAAGAAGGAAUACGGAUGACUCGGCCAGUCAGACCUCGACUCGGAGGUACCGCUCUAGAAACGCAUCACAGGAGACACGCGGGCGAAACGAAAAAAGAUAUAUUCCACCCGCCAAACGCUCUCCCUCAUCUCCUGUCCCAAUGUCGCCAGAGGAGCUGGCUCGGAUCAACGCCAAUGCCGCCAACAAGCCAUCAUCUCGAACACGCAGCGCUAGCAGGGUGCGCAAACCACGUUCGCGCAACUCCUCUGAACGCCGUCAAAACCGUUCCGCCAGUCGAAACACAGCCAACCAUCUUGGUACUGAAAAUCAAGGUCCUUCCAGUCGAGGACGCAGUAUGGACCGUCAAGAGUCAGAGACCAGAUCUCCUUCUUCUCCAUUGCCAGGAUCCAGUGCCGAAGACGCAUUGAGACUAGUUGCGAGUGAUAGAGAACGGUUGCGGACCCGCCAACGGAGCGGUAGUCGUCGGCCUGAAAAGGGUGCAGGUGGGAGGGGGGAGAUACCAUCUGAUUCAAAGUGGACAAGAACGAGAUCUCGUAGCCGCCACGAUACCGAGCCGACAGAGAGCGCUCAGCAAGUUGUGCCCGAGUUCUUCAACGGCGGUGCCACCAAUGAUGGCAUCUACGUGGUUGAUAACACUCAUAGUGACAAUAGCAUGCUGGCACAGGCAGCUCACGAGGAGCAAACUGCUACCCUUCAAGUUAGUUUUGCGGAACAGCGGAGGAAGGAGCUUGCCGCUGCAGAGCUUGAAGCUCGGCGCCUGUCGCUGGCACGCAAUCCAUCGGCGCCUAACAUCCCGUUUCCUGGGGAGCUGCAGCCGAGUCGCUCUGCUUUGGAGAAUGCGACAUUUUCCAUCAAUGCUUUUGCGCCGCGUACUCCUGGCCGGAACCGGACUGCUACAAACAAGGGUUCUCCAGAGUAUCCAAGCAGCUCCGAUUCAAACUCUUCGAGGUCCGGUGUGCCCUUGGGACUGCCAGCAACCCCGAAAGCCAUGAAGCAUCCCAAAUAUAACGGGUAUGAAGAAACAGCACCGACUCCUCCGGUGCCUUCUGACGCCGGCAUCCUACUUAGUGAUGCCAAAUACCAGGGUGAUGCUGAACGGAUCGGUCGUUCGAUGUCUGUUCCAAUUCCCGAAAGCCAUCAGCCUGGUGUGGUGCCAACGAAUCUCCCAAUGCAUCCAAGAUACAACCCUCAUCUCCCGAGAAGUCGGUCCACAAGCCGAACACGAAGCAUGGCUCCUCGUCGAGACAGUGGCGGACAUAGCUACGGCGGAUCCCCUGUGACGGUUAGCAUAGAGGAGACGAUCGAAAAUGCAAUGGCAAACCAGCAGACCGAGAACCCUCCCAUAUUGCCGGAGCUCCAACAUCUGAGUCCUCCUCCACCGCCACCUCCCCCAACUGCCCCUUUGGCUUCUCCACGCGAGUCUUCGGGGACCAUAGACAUCGCCAUUGACAACGAAGACUUCGGACGACUGCUACCUCGCGCGAUGACCACGGGACCUACGCUUCACACGGAUGGCCGUCCGGGUCUGGAACAACGCCGUAUGUCUUUUGAGCACCGCCGGGGCCGCAGUGUCAACGAGAGCCUGAGCAGCAAGAUCCGUAACCUGGCUCGGAUGGGCAGCACCAAGAGCACAGACUCGUGGGUUGCUACUGAUAUUUCGAUACCGUACGAGAGCGUCAUCGUCGACGGGCGCAUAUAA